AUGUCGACCGCCAAGGUGAAGACUGGCCAGCUCUGGGGCAAGAGCAAGGACGAGCUCACCAAGCAACUAGAUGAGCUGAAGACUGAACUUGGUCAGCUCCGUGUGCAGAAAAUUGCUGGGGGAGCUUCCUCCAAACUCACCAGAAUUCACGAUUUGCGCAAAUCGAUCGCGAAGGUCCUUACCGUCAUAAACGCCAACCAGCGCUCGCAACUGCGCCUUUUUUACAAGAAUAAGAAAUACCUUCCCCUUGACCUCAGGCCAAAGCAGACUCGCGCCAUCCGGAGACGGCUGUCGAAGCACGAAGCCGCCUUGAAAACGGAGAAGGAAAAGAAGAAGCUGAUGCAUUUUCCCCAACGGAAAUAUGCUGUGAAGGCAUAG